CAAUGUUAUCAAACAAACUUGUAUUACGUGGUUUCCGCUUCAUAACAAGAGAGUCUACAUCUUUUUUUUUUUUCUUAAGUGCUGUCACAAACUGUUCCCAUCAUAAUUUCAUUGUCUUCACCAUUUUACGUGAAGUGUUGUUCAUAACAGUAGAAUAUUUAAGAAUUUAACACGACUCAAUGGUGCCCACUAUUGUCUCGAAAACAAUCGAUCAAUCACUUUAAGUCGUCACUACAUGCAUUACUAUAUAUACCAUGGACGUAAUAUAUACAUCUAUGUAUUUACCAUUCCCCGCGCGCGUGCUUCAGACUACCCACACAUUUCAACAUAACCAUGAAAUGAAGAAUAUGAGGGAAACCAUUGUGAAAUGUAUCAUCCUGAUGCACAUGCUAUAUUCAGCAUGUGCAGUUCAGUCUGUGGACACUGAAGAGAUCAAUCCAUUUGAUAUGGUUAACUUUGACCUUUCAGCCAUGAAAAUGAUGAAGGAUAAGAGUUCUUCAAAAGGGCAAAAGGUUGGAGCCACGGCAGAUAUUGAAAAGGAUGCAAAAGAGCCAGUUGUUUCUGAUGGAAGCAAAGAACAAACUAACCCUAGUACAACAGAUGCAUCACCUCAAGAUAUACCAGAGGGAAUAAAGAACAUUGCAGAUGACAUGUCUACCACAAGAGCAAAACCUGUCACGAUAGAAAAAGUUGAACGUAAUUCUUGUCCAGCUUUGUCACUCUUUCGCCAGUUUGUUACUAAACUGCUGCAUUUUGCUGACCGUGGAGCUGACAAGAUGGAUGAAACAAAGCCAAUUGAUAUGUGCUUGCAUCUUCGCUUAACCCAACAUCAUCUAAGUGAACUGAAAAGCUUCAGUCGUGACCCUUUGAAGGAUGGAGUGCAUUCAGCACAUGAUGUGUUGACAGAGGCCAUGCUUGGGACUUGUGAAAUAGAUGCAGAUGACUCUUUCUAUAAUAUCUUGGGGCUAGAGGACAAACAAGGUUUUACAUUGAAAAAACUGAUGCAGGUUUUGGCGCUGAUUUUUCUGGGGACUGCAAUUCUACUCCUGCUAUCCAAACUACAUUUUUCAUUCAACCUGAUCAUUUGGGUUCUUUUCACUGGUUUUGUAAUUAGUGUUGGAACAACAUGGUAUCGACUGUACCAGGGUGAGGUUGCAAGACAACAUGAAGCAAUGCUGAAGGACUUGCCUUCAGGGUGCAUCAAACAACCAGAUGACCCGGGUAUGCUAAACCAUCUUGUCAGCCUUGUUAGAACAUACUUCACCUUCCAGAAAGAUGAGUGUAUUGAAUACUAUGAGCAUCUGAUUGUUGACCCACUGGUCAAAGUGAGCAUUAUGGAGGCAUUGGCAGUGGCAGUGGUUCAGACACUGCUGAAGCCAUUGCGCACAAUUGGAACAGAAGUCAGCCAGUUCCUACGAGCUGUACUCAAAGAUCUCCCUGUCCAAUGGCAGUUUGGCACCAUUCUAAUUCUUAUUAUACUUUUUGUGAUCACUCUGCUUGUUUGCUGUAAUUAUCGCAUACGUGUCCCUUUUUUGUUAGCUAUUGAGCCGGCACCAUCAUCUUGCAGAGAACAGGUACAUGAGUUGAAAGCAAUCAAACUUCAGCAAAAACUGAGCAAGUUAGAAUCAACUGUCAAAAAUAAUGCAGAAAUAAGAACAUCUCAGCAGAGUGCACCUCUAAAUGAAAGAUACCCCUAUGUACUUGAGCAGCAAUCAGUCACACUUCAGCAGAGACUAAAAAAGUCAGAACCAGCUGUUGAAAACGUAGCAGCAAGCACAUCCAAGCAAAGUGCAUCGCAACAGUCUUGUUUCAAUAGUUCUGAAGCAUUGAGCACUAAAGAGAAGUGGCUUUCAGGCUCGGAACCAUUUCCACAGAUUUUCCUUCCAGAGGAGGAAGUCAAAAGGAGUUUGGAAAAAGAUGAUUCUUUAACAGAACAUAAUGUCGAAGUAACAUAAAGCAGUGGUGCAAGGGAAAAAGCAAAUGUGGACUUUUUCAGUAGUGAGUAGAAGUCAGAGUGAGUAGAAUCAGUGGUGGGGUUCAAACAUUGCCAAAAGAAUCAUUCAUGCGGCCUCAAUAAUGGACAGUUAUAUGCAGCGUUUCAACCCAGAGAGAGGUCUCUUAAAUGUGCCUUAAUACAAACUUUAUCAGUAACCUAAAAUGGCAUGUCGCUAAAUCAUUUUCUGCUACAGCUAAUGCAGCUUCUGUGAAAUAUGAUCCGAAAUUCCGUUUUGCAUGAGUCUGGAAUUAAUGUGAGAGAAAGCAUGGCACCAGGGUAUAUUUCACUUAAUGAAACAAGGGAAAAGAUGCAUUUUGCUGUUGAAAGAAAGGAAAUCUUUUUCACAACUGUGUAAGAGAUUAUGGUUCCCCAUCUUUUCAUGUCAUCUGUUAGACCAAAAAUGUUGAAUUAGGAGCAGGUAGAUAAUGCAACAAAGUAAUGGAAGAAAUUGAAAUGAUUUUACAGUUUUUCUUCUGAUUUAGGAUUAAUCCUUUCAGGAAUCCAGCUUUUUGUUGAUCCAGAAUCUAAAAUAUAGGCUGCUGUGAGGUGACUAGCUCUGACCCCUCCAAGCAGGGAAGUGCCUUGUGCCUUGUGUUUCACUGGAUGGCGACUCCUCUUGCUCAAAACCCCCCUCCUGUACCCUCCAUAUAUUUGCUUAUAAUGAGGUUGUCAAGGUGCUACAAAGUUCUGGACAUCUAUUUCCCUUUGUGGCAGUUUAUUAGGUGCUAGAUAUUAAAGGCACAUAUGUAUGUGUAAAUAAAUUUAUUUGAAAUUACA